GCUAGCAUGGAAACACCCACUUGAGGCCCUUAUGAAUGCUUAAGGGUUAUAGGCAAAGGAGGAUUUUCAGAGGUGCAUCUGGCCAAGCAUAUGGAGACCGGAGAUAUGGUUGCAUUGAAGGUGAUGAUGGAAAUGGGAGUAGAUUUAGAAAUUGUUAGAAGCGAGGUCAGAUCACUUGAACACCUCAGCCAUCCGAAUAUAAUCAGUUUGGUUGAUUCAUGCGAAGAUGCUACAUUUAUGAAUUCUAAUUGACAAGAGAUGAAUGUUAUGUACAUCGCUCUGGAGCUUGCUGCUGCUGGGGAUCUUUGCAACAUUAUCUUGCUAAGUGGGAGAUUCCCUGAAGAUCUUGCUAGAUACUAUUUUCAUCAAUUACUUGAAGGAGUUGACUACCUUCACAGCAGAGGUAUCUCUCAUAGAGACUUAAAACCUGAGAAUCUGAUGCUUGAUGCUGAUAUGAACCUUAAAUUGGCAGACUUUGGCUUCUCUUCUACUCAAGCCUUGAAUGAGACUCUGAAGGGAACUGGAGGAUACAUGGCACCUGAAAUUUACACAGGUCUUGAAUACAGCGGACACUGUGUCGACUUAUUUGCAGCAGGAGUCAUUCUUUUCAUAAUGGUAGCUGGAACACCUCCAUUUAAAGAGUCGAAAAGCACUGAUCCACACUACAAAACAUUUCCAGGAAAUAGGAAGGACUUAUUCUGGCGCUUUCACACCAAAAGAAGAGAGGGUGGGUUGGAGUUCUUCUCAGAUGAUUUCAGAGAUCUCAUUUCGAGUUUGUUAUCAGUCGAUCCUCAUGUGAGACCUUCAAUGGCUGAGAUCAGAGCCCAUCCGUGGUACAAUGGCCCUGUUCCUACCCAAGAAGAGGUCCAAGAGGAGAUGGAGAAGAGAAAGCAAAUUAUUGAUGAGAGUAAUGACCAAAGCUCACAAAAAGCCCCUGAAACUUAUACAGCUAAGACUAUUUAUCGCGGUUGCAGUGGUAAAGAUGAGGCUCCGAAUAUGUCUGCCAUCAGAAAAUUAGCUCAAUACACCCCUGGGAUUACCAAGUAUACACAGUUCUAUUCUACGUUUGAUGAGGAUACCCUCCUUGCAACCUUAACCCAGUUCUGUGAAGAAUUCUCUCUUGACUAUGAAGUGAAUGAUGAAGAAUACAAAGCAAAGAUCGAAUUCGGAACAAAGAUGGUCGAUGUUACUCUCCAAGUAAGCAUCCUCGAGGUUGAUGAAACCAAGAGAUGCAUCGAAUUCUUCAAACUGAGAGGAGCCAUAUUUGACUUCAUUGAGGCGUAUAAGAUGAUUAAAGGUUUCUUCGGAGGGCAAGCAGAUACCACACUUGAUGAUUAAAAGAUUUAGGUUGCUUCAA